GCCGCCUAAAAGCGUGCCUAGUUAUUGGAUCCGUGUUGUUGCUAGGGGCGUGGGUUGUGCCGUGAAAUGCUCUAGUUUCCCCAAAUCUCAAAGAGAUGAAAUUUAAGAAGAAAAUAGUAUCAUCAGCUGGACGACAGAUGCGCUGAGAGAGCUGCGUGCACCGACGUGGGGCAAGCUGUGCCGCAGUGAGCAUAAUCUGAUAAGCGCUUCUGUCCAUCCUGCACUCCGCUUCAGGACGACGCAGGAGGAAAAAAAAGUAUGUGCGGAUGGUGAGAAUAAAUGAAAUUAUGCUGAGGUCACACUUCUCUGAGCUGAUUCAGAUUUUCAUCCGGAACACCUGCUGUCUAUUUGUAUCCACCGGAGCCCGGGUUGAUGCCUGCCGCGCACUUGGUUGUCCCGUGAUGUGUCUUCCGAGGGGCUGGUGCGUGGCACGGUCUAAACAUCCUGGCCUGUCCACUGUAGGCCCAUAGACCAGCUAUUUGUCUGCGGAACAAAUCGCAAUUUUAUAGUUCGCGCUGGAGCGGGGAUCUUAUGCAACGUGGUCGAAACAGAUUCCGUGAGCUCAUAGGUUAAACUGACAGUGACAUCAGGCUUAAGUCGUCUCGCUCUGUGCUGUACUGCAGCAAGGUGGACCACCAGGGCGUGAGGUGGCAGGGAGCAAUGCAUGCAUCCUCCCGGCUGGACAUUUUGAUGGGAUGUUCUGUGUCCUAAACAAAUAAAAAACCUUAGGCCGUACACCCUGAACUGGCGAACUGCGUCACCGCGUUUGAGUGUUGCAGGUAGGCAGCAAACUCAUCCACUACCGGGAGAGCGGCUCAUCAUCCUCCCGAAACAAUGUCGCCGGUAAGUGUUUAACAGUUUAACCAGGAUGGAUUCGGUGGAUUCAAGCAAAGAUCCGCCACUGGGAUCCACAUUUUCCUCAGCACCUAAUUUAGACUCGGACAUUAAUGCAAAUGCCUGCAGGCCCGUAUAUGAGAAUGGUACAGACCACAAUGUCAACAUACAAAACACAGCCCUGCGUGGAGCAAGUGACCCCAGCUCAUACCCCUCCACAGACUACCAGGGGCUGGUCCGCCAGAGGUUCAUUCGGCGGAGUCUGUGGGUGUCAGACUCCGAAGAGCCGCCAGUGGACACACCGGAGUUUGUCAACAGCAGCCCAGGACUGAACAUUGACCUGCGAACCAUCGUUGAUCGGAGCCGGGCGCGGGUUCUACACGGGACUUCGAGCACGGACAGCCAGGUGGGCCUGAAAGACAACGCCGCAGAGAGCGUGAACGCAGAUGACGAGAAGGGAGAGAGGAGCGAAAUCCAACCCAAAGCAGAGGUUGUGCCGUCCGAUGUCACAGGUAAAGCAGGAAGUGACGAAAACGAAGAGGAGCCCGGGAUGAAGGCAGUGGCCACCUCACCCGGGGGGCGCUUCCUGAAGUUUGACAUUGAGCUGGGGAGAGGGUCUUUCAAAACUGUCUAUAAAGGUCUUGACACCGACACCUGGGUCGAAGUGGCAUGGUGUGAGCUUCAGGAACGGAAACUGUCCAAAGCAGAGAGACAAAGAUUCAAAGAGGAAGCAGAAAUGUUAAAGGCUCUCCAGCAUCCCAACAUUGUGCGAUUUUAUGACUUCUGGGAAUCACCGGUGAAAGGGAAGAAGUGUUUUGUUCUGGUGACAGAGCUGAUGACCUCAGGGACACUAAAAACGUAUCUGAAGCGCUUUAAGGUCAUGAAACCUAAAGUUCUUAGAAGCUGGUGCAGACAAAUUCUCAAAGGCCUUCACUUCCUCCACACUAGAACUCCUCCGAUCAUCCACAGAGACCUUAAGUGUGACAACAUCUUCAUCACUGGUCCUACAGGCUCUGUCAAAAUUGGAGACCUGGGCCUGGCAACACUCAAGAGGGCCUCUUUUGCUAAAAGUGUUAUUGGCACUCCAGAGUUCAUGGCUCCAGAGAUGUAUGAGGAGCACUAUGACGAGGCUGUGGAUGUCUACGCCUUUGGAAUGUGUAUGUUAGAGAUGGCAACGUCUGAAUAUCCCUACUCUGAAUGUCAAAAUGCUGCUCAGAUCUACCGCAAAGUGACCAGCGGGGUGAAACCUGCCAGCUAUAGCAAAAUCCGUGACCCAGAAAUUAAGGAAAUAAUCGGGGAGUGCAUCUGUCACAGAUGGGAAGAAAGGUACUCCAUCAAGGACCUCCUGAAUCACGCCUUCUUUGCAGAGGACACAGGUGUGAGGGUGGAGCUCAAUGAAGAAGAUGAUGGGAAAAAAACAUCAAUUGCUCUAAAGCUGUGGGUUGAAGAUCCUAAAAAACUGAAGGGCAAAUACAAAGACACUGGUGCCAUUGAGUUUACCUUUGACUUGGUGCAUGAGGUCCCAGAAGUUGUUGCCCAAGAAAUGGUGGAGUCAGGUUUCUUCCUGGACUGUGAUGUGAAGAUUGUUGGGAAGUCCAUCAGAGACCGUGUAGCUCUUAUCAAAUGGAGGAGGGAGCGGACUGCCUCACCAAAUGGCAAUAGUGAGACACCUGUGAAGAAAAUUCAGCAGAACCUACUGCAGGUUCCCACUGCUGGCGUACCACAGGGUGCCACAUUAGCCACUGCAGAUUAUGAAGACCAAGAGUUGGAGCAGCAGACUCUGAUCUGCACCGUGCCCGCUGCCACAUCUACCAUGUCUGACAGUGGAGUGAGUUCCACCAUGCAAUUAGAUGAGCUAAACAAUCAGCAGAAUGGCCCCUACCAAUUGCUUCAAGAGCCCAUUACCACAGCUCAGAUUAUCUACAGUCCUCCUGUGCAGACGGACCCUCAGCUGCAUCAGGGACACUACCAGCAGUCGACUGAACAGGCCUCACAUGACACCUACUCACAAGCAUCCACGCAGUUACACCAAGGAGCGUACCAGCAACCCACAGGCCAGCUGCACCCUGCGGCCUUUCAGCAACCUGCAGCACAACUGCACCAGGGGCCUUAUCAGUGUCAAACAACAGUUUCUGCUCCGAUUAUGCCAGCCGCUACUGCUAACCAGAGUAGACCAUGCUUUCCAGCUGCAGCCCCAACUCUACAGACACAACUCACUGCCCAACCCAACCAAGAGCAGUUUUCCUCACCAUAUCCAGUUAUUCAAACAGGGGGCCACAAGCCUCCCCCCGUCUCCUCAACUCCUCUGCCAUCUGUCUACAACAGCAAUGACGCCACUAUGUCUAGCACCUAUUAUUCACAUUCACCCCAUCGCCCCUCCCUUCCUCUGACUCCUCAUGCUGUCUUGCCAUCUAUGUCUUCUCUUGGCACUCCUCAGACUCCUCUGUCCACACCUCAGCAUGUACCCAGUGUGGCAUUCCCCAUCCCACUUUUUGCCAUGUCCAUGUCCUCAGCAGUGUCCCAGCAGCAGGGCAGCCCCUCUACAUCUCAUCCAAACCUUGGAAGUUUCCAUUCCAUCCAUCCCUUACCUUUCUCUCAGGUACAACCCACCCCAUACCCUGCCCCCAAUCCUGAGUACGAUCUGACUGAGCAGCCUGUGCAGAUGCAACCAGUUACUCCACAUGGUACUCUGGGAGAUGUUCAGCUGUUAGGUGGAGUUCACCCUGUUUUGCCUACGGUUCAGACUUCUCAGUGGGUAAGGGGAGCAGAUUCAGAAACUAUCGCAGCUGGUCUUGACUUAGCUCCUACAAUUUCAGCUCCAGUCCCAGCCCCAGCAUCAAUCCCAGUCCCACCUACAGUUGAUACUCAACCCCCAGUGCAAAGUCCAGCUCUGGUGGGAGCACAAAACCAACUUCACGUCCCAGUAUCAGCUCAGGCCACAGCUAUGUCUCAACCCCCAACCGCAACCCUUCUUAAGUCCCCCAUUUCAAUCCCAAUACAAGUUCCAACAGCAGUUCAAGCUGCAGUCUCAGCCCCAGUUCAAGCACUAGGAUCAGCAUCCGGUCCCAUUUUGGAACAAACAGAAGUCUACUCUGUGAGCUCCGACAUACUCUCAGUCAAACCCCAACUGUCAGUCCCAGGCUUGGUUUCGGGCCCAAACACGGUCACUCUGCCAGCACCAGUUCAGGCUGCAGCUCCUGUUCCCACCCCAGCUUCUGUGACAGCUUCAGUCCCAGCUCCAGUUCUGCAGCCUCCUGGCAUCCAGACAGCAGUCUCAGUACCUGAGUGUUCCAGUCAGCCUGCAACUCAGCAAAACGUAGAGAUGACAUCUGCAUCUAGCACCCCUCAACAAGAGGAGGUGCUUCGGGACAAACCAAUAUCUUUACCCAGUUAUGCAUUUGACAGUCUCAAGUCUGAUAUACCAUCUGGUAAGGAAACAAGUGAUGGCUAUGAAAGCAUUACUAGUGUGGGAAAGGGAGAUGGGAAACCGAGGAAACAUCACCGCAAGUCUGCCCGCACACGUUCCAGGCAAGAAAAGACCAGCAAACCCAAACUGAGCAUGCUCAAUGUUUGCAAUACUGGUGAUAAAAUGGUCGAAUGCCAGCUGGAGACUCACAACCACAAAAUGGUGACAUUUAAAUUUGAUCUGGAUGGAGAUGCUCCUGAGGAAAUAGCUACUUACAUGGUAGAGAAUGGCUUCAUCUUGCUGUUAGAAAAGGAGAUCUUCAUUGACCAGCUGAAGGAUAUUGUGGAUAAAGCUGAAGAUGUGCUGAAUGAAGACAUGGAGGGUGAAAGGGACACAGCCCUGAGUUGCAGUCCUUUACAAGGCCAGACAUUUGAAGGGCUAAUAGGAGAGAGUCAGCAGCCUGGAGGAUCUCAAUCUGUCUAUCAGCAAAAUGUUCUUCAUACAGGAAAGAGAUGGUUUAUAAUCUGCCCUGUAGAGGAGAUACCCACAUCCAGUCAGGAGACCCCCUCUGACGGGACAACUAUGCACUCACCCGGAAGCUCAGCUGCUACCCAGCCUGCUGACAGCAGCACUGCAAAGCCCUCUACAUCCAGAGAAGAGGGUUCAUCUUCCACAAUGUCUGGGGGAAGUGGAGGUUUCUCUUAUGACGUGUAUGGAUUCUGUAGUCCUCCAAUAAUGUCUAACACAGACCCGCUCCUCUUGGCCACUCUGUCACCUCCUGUUUCUGCGCCCCCGACUCUACAGUCAGUGGCAUCAGUAGAGCCAGCAGGCAGUUCAGUGCAACCUAGCAUGCAAGCCCAGCCAGCGAAAGCGCAAACAUUGCCCCCAUCAUCCCCACAUACUUCUUUCCCUGUGGAAGAUUCAAAGGGAUCCCCACUAGGCUCCAUCUCACCAAUCCAUGCAUCUCAGAAGCUGCCUGAUAUGUCAUGUCCAGUUUCUAUUGCUGACGAUGUGCCCUGCUGCCCUCUGGUCAUGCCCCUCUCUCUCGAUGUGAGCACUUCACAGGUUGGAUCACCACUUACUCUUCCGCUCCAGGAGCCAGGAUCAGUUAAAGAGCCACCGUCUGUCUCCUAUGCCCCUGCAGCACGGAGUGAGCGACUACAGCAGCCUGUGGUGCUGCAUCAGCCUUUUGCCACUGUGGGAGGGACCAAAGUUUCCUCAUUACCCCAGAGUCCAGCACCAUCCCAGCAUGGUGCAGGUCCCAGUGAGUCUGAUGGUGAAGGAAGACUGGGUCGUAGUGGCUUUGUGGACAGCACCAUAAAAACCCUUGAUGAAAAACUAAGGAAUUUGCUCUACCAGGAGUAUGCUCCCAUGUAUCCAUCAGGCAGCGCUGCAGAGACACCAGGGUCUGGCACAGAGUACAUCCAGUCUCCUCCUGGUCCAGACAGUGCCACAGGAGGUUCAGGAAACAGCACACCAGGGCCAAUAGGGGAUGGACGCUACAGAGCAGGAGAACAGCUGCCUCAAAUUCCAGAGAGAAUGGAUAGUUUGAGCACACUGAGUGAUUCAGCUGUGUGUGCAUCUCUGUCGAGAAGACACGUUCCUCACUCUGCUUCAUGCUCUGGAACAAGAGGCCGAUUUAAGAUCAUUUCUGUACCUCCUGAAGUGGCCAACAGACGAGAUGUGAAGCAAAGGAGCUGGAGCAGCGCUGCCUCCCCAGCGCACCCUGUAGGGUACAGUAGGGAGCAUGGGCAACCUGAUACCAUGGCUACCUCAACUACAAUUGGCCGUUUCUCUGUAGUGAGCACUGAAGAUGACAUUACACAGAGGACACGUUGUAGCCGCUACUCUGCCCCACCUGAUUUCUAUCUGGACACGCCUCCUUCUAAUGCCAAGCGGGGUUCCUUACCUCGUGCUAUGACCUCCGUCCCUGUGGAUGUCACGAUCCAUGCUCGCUUCCUCUCCUCAGAUUCAGGGGCUGAGAGCAGCCCUGCAAAGCUGACUCCUGCCACCCCAUCUCAACAGUCUCGCUCUGAGCGCAGAGGAAGCGACCUCAUGAAAAGGGCAGUGGCCUUUCUCCGUCGUUCUGGUCGCAGCAGCAGUGUGCAGAGCUCUGACUCACCAAGUAGGCAUGGAGGGGUGCACGGCUCGGCCUAUGCCAGCAGUGAUAAUGACUCAGAGAUGGAGGACUCAGACAUAAAGAGGGAGCUGCAGAGACUCAGGGAGAAACAUCUGAGGGAAAUCUCAGAGCUGCAGGCCAAUCAGCGAGGGGAAGUGGAGCUGCUGUAUCGAAAACUUGGCAAAGUUCCUCCUCCUGGCCUGGGUCUGUCACAUGUUGCACCACAUGCCAGCCGCAGAAAGAGGUCCAGCAAGCACAGGCUGAAGCCAGGCAAACUUCUCAGCCCUCUGGUUCAGCAGUUUAGAAAUGUCACGACCAAAACUGGUGACUCUAGCAGAGCUAGUGCUGCUACAGGUACCGGCGACACCACAGUUAGUUUAAAUGGGUCUCCAGCUAAAGGGUCUUUCCCCACUCACAGCAGGGCCCGGUCAUGCACCAGCCACCUUCCCAGCUCAACCUCAGAGCCUGUGCAGACUCAGCAGCCCUGUUCCCUUAAAGGUUCUUUGUCUUCUGAUAAUAUUUAUGCUGGACUACAUGGAGAUGGAAGUGGCACACAAGCACCACCGGGACAAGGGGCGACGCUGAAGAGACUUUGUCUUGGCAAAGAGCGUGGUAGCAGGUCUGGAGCUUCAGCAUCUGGGAGUUCCAAUCAAUCACAGCAGCUGCCUGGUGGUGUCACACCUCCACAUUUGCCAGUGAUGGGCCUUGCCCAAGCUCAAGCCAAUAACAGCAACAACAAAACAGGCACAUACAGUAGCACAUCCACGAGCCAAGCCAAUGAUAGCAAUCUGCCUGAAGAUUUGCAGCGACUAAUGGAUGACUGGGCACAGGAGGUUUUGAUUGUCACCCACCGGCCUCGCACCAACUCUCUAAGUAUCAGUGGACCCCAGCUUUGGGCUCAGGAUCCACCUCAAACAAGUGUACAGCUUGCUAGGGCUUCAGAUGUAACGCCAUGGACAGCUCCAGGACCAGAGGCCUGCAGUCUGCCGCUGUCCUGGCCUGACAGUCCUGGGUCAACAAUGAUCAUCCCCCCAACAGGGCCCCAUCCCUCUUAUCAGCUUCACUCUCCUGUUCCAUCCAGGGCCUUGCCCUCACCUCUCUCUAUUAGCCAGUGGCCUGGGUUCUUCUUCCCCCUUCCUUCAGGAGUCUUUGCCUUUUCUGCUGUGUCCUCAGCCCAGGAUACCCAGAGCCCCAUUUCAGCACCAUCAUAUAAUCAAACCGAAUCCAAGGCGAGGACUCUCUAAUCUGAGUAGCAUUGUGUCUUCCAACUCUGUUACCAAAAAUAUAUAUCUCAUUAGAGUUUAGUCAAUCUUAUGUGCAUAGUACUGUAUAUAUAUAUAUGUAUAGAUAUAGAUAUAUAUAUACAUAACCAGCAUGUAUGUAACCAUAUGUACAUAGUCAUCUCCAAUCUAUGUUAGUUACAUUUUGCAUCAACAUACCUCAUGUCCAUAUUACAGUGCAUAAUCCUUGAGUGCAGUCCAAUUGUAAUUAGCUGAAUCAGACAUUAAAAUGCAGAUUGUCAUUGUUUAUGUAUGUACAUUGCCACUGUAUUUCUCAUUCAUACUGUGUUCAUAUAAAUAGUUGAUGUUUGUGUUGCUCAUCUCA